AUGAAUGUGGAGGAUUUGGUAUUAGAAAAUAUGUUGAAUGUUGUGAGGGAAGCGGAAAUUUUAGUCGAAAACGGCCGUGAAAGACAUUUCUAUGAUAGAUUUAGGUUAGAUCCGUUUCAACAUCUCUCUGAAAAUAUGUUCAUUCGGAUGUUUCGUUUGAACAAAGAAUUAGUGAGAAAUCUAAUACAGAUGCUAGAUCCUUUUCUAGCGCCUCCUAGGAGACCUCACGAUUUGGACAAACAAACUAAGGUACUGGUGGCAUUGAAAUUUUUUGCGUCUGGUAGCUACCAGCUGGAAAUUGGUGCGAAUGUAUGGGUAGGGGUUAGCCAGUCUUCUGUAAGCCGGUGUAUAGAGGAGGUUUCAGCUGCUCUCAAUUCUGAUGCGAUUUUUAAUGAACAUGUAAAAACCCCUUCAACAAUAAGAGAAUGUGAAAUCAUACGAGAAAAUUUCAACCAGAAGUUUGGGUUUCCCGGAGUUAUAGGAGUUAUUGAUUGUACUCAUGUAGCUAUCGUACCUACCACCUUCAAGAGAAAAUAA